AUGGCUCCUCCAGUCUGGACUCUGGUGCUGCUGGUGGGGGCUGCCUGGGGCCGGGGCCACAUUCCUGCCCCUGUCCGGAAAGAGAAGCCUACGGACUGGAAGGCAGCUGCUCGCAGCUCUAAGGAUAACUCUAUUCUCACCCAGUGUGACUUUGAGGAUGACUCCAAACCCCUUUGUGAUUGGACCCAAGUGUCCACAGAUGACGGGGACUGGAUUCGAACCAGUGGGCCUCCCCCCACCGGCAGCACUGGUCCCCCUGGGGGGUACCCUAAUGGAGAGGGAUACUACCUGCACAUGAACUCAAGCACCUUCCACCGGGGCGGGGUGGCUCGCCUACGCAGCCCCCCCAUAUGGGAGCAAGGCCCCCUCUGCGUGCACUUUGCCUACCACAUGUUCGGGCUGUCGUGGGGCGCCCAGCUCAGACUGCUGCUGCUCAGGGACACCAAGAAAAAGCACCCCAGCCUGCUCUGGAAGCAUAUUAACACCCAGAGCCCCUCCUGGACGCCCACCACUGUCACCGUGCCUAUGGGGCUUGUCCUGCCCAGCCGGGUGGUGUUUGAGGGAGUGAGGGGCAGCACGGCUUACCUGGACAUCUCUCUGGAUGCCAUCUCUAUCCAUCGGGGCUCCUGCAAUCGCAUCUGCAUGAUGCAGACGUGCAGCUUCGAUGUUCCAAAUGAUCUCUGUGGCUGGAGCUGGAUCCCAACAGCCUCUGGGGCCAAGUGGGUCCAGAAGAAGGGGUCGUCCGGGGUGCCGAACGUGUGGCCUGAGGAUUUCUCUAGCCCUGGUAGUGGCUUCUACAUGCUCCUGGACCCCAAGAAUGCAAAACCGGGGCAGAAAUCUGUCCUCCUGAGCCCCCUGAGCCAUUCCUCUGGCUGUCUGAGUCUGUCCUUCCACUACAUCCUCCAUGGACAGUCACCUGGUGCAGCCCUCACCGUCUAUGCUUCCGUCUUGGGCAGCAUCCGGAAACACACUCUCUUCUCAGGACAACCUGGACCCAACUGGCAGCCUGUUUCUGUCAAUUACACAGGCCAGGGACAAAUUCAGUUCACCUUGGUGGGUGUGUUUGGAGAGACCCCAGAGCCAGCUGUGGCAGUGGAUGCAAUCAGCACUGCUCCCUGUGGGGAGAGCUUUCCUCAGUGUGACUUUGAAGAUGAUGCCCAUCCCUUCUGUGACUGGGCCCAGGCAUUAGGGGAUGGCGGACGCUGGACCCGGGGAAAUAAAAAUAUGCACAUCCAGGGUGCAGGCGCUUUUGAAGGUCACUAUAUUUACGUGGAGGCCGACAAGUUCUCUAAGGCGGGGCAGUCGUUCAGACUGGUGAGCCGGCCCUUCUGUGCCCCGGGUGCGAUCUGUGUGGAGUUUCCCUACCACAUGUAUGGCCUCGGAGAGGGUACUAAGCUCAAUCUCCUGCUGGAGAGUCCUGCGGGCAGUGCCCCAUCCACUCUCUGGCACCGCGUUGGGUCUCAGAGUCCCAGCUGGCUGAACACCUCUGUCACCAUCCCUUUGGGGCAUCAACAGCCCAUGCAGCUGAUCCUGGAGGCCAUCAGGGGUACCCACAGUGCCUUUGUCGUUGCUGUGGGUUUUAUCUUGAUCAAUCACGGGACUUGUCGAGAAAAACCAGUGGCUCUCACGGAAAAACCUAUAACCCCCACAGAAAAACCCACUGUCCCCAGUGAAAUAGCCACUGUCUCCACAAAAAAGCCCAUAGUCCCCUCAGAAAUGUCCACUGUCUCCCCAGAAAAAUCCACCUUCCCCACAGAAAAACUCACCAUCCCCACUCAAAAGCCCACCAUCCCCACAGAAAAGCCCAAAGUUCCCACAGAAAAGCCCACACUCCCCACAGAAGAGCCCACUAUUCCCACUGAAAAACCGACUUUCCCCACUGAAGAGACCACUGUCCCCUCUGAAGAGAACACUGUGCCUCCUGAAGAGACCACUGUCCCCCCUGAAGAGACCACUCUCCCUCCUGAAGAGCCCACUGUCUUCACUGAAGAGUCUACCAUCCCCGCUGAAGAAUCCACUGCCUCUGCUGAAGAGUCUGUUGUCCCCAUUGAAGAGACUACUGUACCCCUUGAAGAGCCCACUAUCCCCACAGAAAAACCCACCAUGCCCACUGAAAGGACCACCAUCUCCACAGAAAAGCCUACUAUCCCUGCAGAAAAACCCACAGUCCACACUGAGAGAACCACCAUCCCCAUAGAAAAACCCACCAUCCCCACAGAAAAGCCCACUGUCCACAUUGAAAAGCCCAUGGUCCCCACUGAAAGGACUACUGUUACCACAGAAAGGCCUAUAGUCCCCACAGAAAAACCCACCAUCCCUACUGAAAAGACCACCAUUCCCACAGAAAAACCCACCAUUCCCACGGAAAAACCCACCGUCCCCACUGAAAGGUCCACUGUCCCUACCGAAAAAUUCACUGUCCCCACAGCAAAACCCACCAUCCCCACCGAAAAACCCACCAUCCCUACAGCAAAACCUACAAUCCCCACUGAAAGGUCCACUGUCCCCACAGGAAAACCCACCAUCCCCACAGGAAAACCCACCAUCCCCACAGGAAAACCCACCGUCCCCACAGGAAAACCCACCAUCCCUACAGAAAAACUCACCGUCCCAACAGCAAAACCUACCAUUGCCAAAGAAAAACCCACUGUCCCCACAGGAAAACCUACCAUCCCCACUGAAAGGCCUACCAUCCCCACUGAAAAGACCACCAUCUCCACAAAAAAAACCCCUGUCCCCACUAAAAGCCCCACCAUCCCCGCAGAAAAGCCCACUGUCCCUACAGAAAAAACUACCAUCCUCGCAGAAAGACCCACCAUCCCCACUGAAAAGACCACCAUGCCCACAGAAAAACCCACUGUCCUCACUAAAAGGCCUACCAUCCCCACAGAAAAACCCACUGUCCCUACCAAAAAGACCACCAUCCCCACUGAAAAACCCAUCAUCCCCACAGAAAAAUCCACUGUCCCCACAGAAAAACUCACCAUCCCCACAGAAAAAUCUACUGUCCCCACUGAAAGGCACACAGUUCCUACGACACCCCAGCCCAGCCCAACACUUGUACCAAUUGGGCCAACAGUCUUGGUGAUGCCUCCUACAGCUACUCCAAGUACCUCCAUGACCACUACAACCCCUAGACGUACUCCAGCGGGGUGCCCCCCAAAUGCCCACUAUGAGCCCUGCGCCUGCCCAGCAUCCUGCGAGAGACCCAAGCCCAACUGUGGGCCCCUCUGCAAACCCGGCUGUGUCUGCAAUUCUGGCUUUUUGUUUCAUGAGUCCCGCUGCAUCCAUCCCUCUUCCUGCAAUUGCUUCUACAACAACAAUUACUAUAAGCCUGGGGCGGAGUGGUUCAGCUCCAACUGCACAGAACGUUGCCGCUGCAAGCCUGGCAGUCGGAUGGAGUGUCAGAUCUUCCAUUGCGGGACUCACACGGUGUGCCAGCUGAAAAAUGGCCAGUACGGAUGCCAGCCCUACGGCCGUGCCACCUGCGUCGUCUAUGGAGACCCUCAUCAAAUCACCUUUGAUGGGAGGCACUUCAGCUUCAUGGGCAAAUGCACCUACAUCUUGGCCCAACCCUGUGGCAACUCGACAGAGCCAUUCUUCAGGGUGGCAGCGAAGAAUGAGGGCCGAGGAGAGGAAAGCAUCUCCAGCCUGAGCAAAAUCUACGUGACACUACCCAAGGUCACCAUCACGCUGCUCGGGGGCAGGCGCGUGCUGGUUGGGGGUCAGCAAGUCACCCUCCCCGCCAUACCUUCGAAAGGCAUUUUCCUGGCUUCAAGUGGGCGAUUUGUGGAGCUGCAGACAGUGUUUGGUUUGCGGGUGAGAUGGGAUGGUGACCAGCAGCUGUAUAUGAGUGUGCCCAGCACCUACUCUAGGAAACUCUGUGGCUUCUGUGGCAACUACGACGGGGACGGCAGCAAUGACAACCAGAAGCCGGACGGCAGCCCAGCGCAAGACGUGGAGGAGCUGGGCAAAAGUUGGCAGACAGCGGGGGGCGAGGACAAGGAGUGCCAGAGGAACCCGACAAAUCCUCCGUCUUGCAACCGGGGCUUUCUGAACAGUCUGUCGGCACUAGAGGUCUGUGGACGGCUCGUGAACACCCACGGAGCCUUCGAGGCAUGUCUGCCUCACCUCGAGGCCUCUCUGUUCCUCAAGAACUGCGUGUUUGACAUGUGUAAAUUCCAGCGGCUGCAGUCAGUGCUGUGUGCCCACAUGGCAGCUUUGACCGAGAUCUGCCAGGAUGCCGGCUAUGCAGUGAAGCCCUGGAGGGGACCCCAGUUCUGCCCUCUGACCUGCCCGCCCAACAGCAGGUACACUCUGUGUGCCGGGCUGUGCCCAGCCACCUGCCAUCCCAGCUUCUCUGGGAUGUCCUGCCAGAACCGAUGCGUGGAGGGCUGUGAGUGCAACCCGGGCUUCGUUCUCAGCGGUCUCCAGUGUGUCCCUCGGUCCCAGUGCGGGUGCUUCGACCCCACGGUGGGCUACUUCAAGGUAGGGGAGCAGUGGUUCAAGCCAGGCUGCAGACAGCUCUGUGUCUGCGAGGGCAACGGUAAAGUUCACUGCAUGCAGUGGAGGUGCCGGGCCCAGGAGGUCUGUCGUCAGCAGGAUGGCACCUAUGGCUGCCAUGCCCAAGGGACUGCCACCUGCAGUGUCUCAGGGGACCCCUACUACCUGACGUUCGACGGAGCCCUGCACCACUUCAUGGGCACCUGCGCCUACAUCCUGACCCGACCUUGCCAGUCUAGGUCCCUAGAGAACUACUUCAUUGUGAGCACCACCAAUGAGUUUCGCAGCGGGAACUUGGAGGCCUCCUACGUCAGAGCCGUCAAUGUGCAGGUCUUCAACCUGAGAAUCUCACUGAUCAAAGGGCACAAGGUCAUGCUGAAUGGUCGCCGGGUGGCCCUGCCUCUGUGGCCCGCACAAGGCCGGGUGAUCAUAAGGCCCAGUGGCUCCUUUAUCCUCCUCUACACGGACUUCGGGCUUCAAGUUCGCUAUGAUGGGAACCACCUGGUCGAAGUGACAGUGCCGUCUUCCUACACCGGGCGGCUCUGCGGGUUGUGUGGCAACCACAACAACAAUAGCCUGGAUGAUAGUCUGCUCCCCAGUAAAAGGCCUACGGCCAGCUCUGUCCACCUGGGGGUCGCCUGGAAGUUACCGGAGUACUCUGAACCGGGCUGCUUUGUUGAGGGUGGCAAGCCCUCCAGAUGCCUGGAGAACAAAGAGGCAAACAACUGGGAAAAGAAUUGUGAUAUCUUAAUGAACCCCCGGGGACCCUUCUCCCAGUGCCACGGGGUGGUGCCCCCCCAGUCCAGCUUCGCCAGCUGUGUGUAUGGCCAGUGUGGGACCACGGGUGACUCCCUGACCCUGUGCCGCUCCCUGCAGGCCUAUGCAUCCCUGUGUGCGCACGCCGGCCAGGCCCUCACCUGGCGAAAUAGCAGCUUCUGCCCUCUGAAGUGCCCCCCCGGAAGCAGCUACAGCCCCUGUGCCAACCCCUGCCCGGUCACCUGCCUCAGCCUGGACACCCCAAAAGACUGCCCAGCAGGGCUGCCCUGUACCGAAGGCUGUGAGUGCCAGAAAGGCCACAUCCUGAGCGGAACCUCCUGUGUGCCCUUCAGCCAGUGUGGCUGCACCCACCAGGACGGUUCCUACCACCCGGUCGGGGAGAGCUGGUACACAGACAACACGUGUUCCAGGCUUUGCACCUGUUCCGCGAACAGCAACAUCUCCUGCCACCAGAGCACCUGCAAGCCGGGCCGGCUGUGCUGGCCCCUGGACGGCCUGCUGCGCUGCCGCCAAGCGGGCAUGGGAGUGUGCCGUACCUCGGACCGCUCCCCGUAUGUGACGUUCGAUGGCGCUCGCCAUACCAUCUGGGACACCUGCACUUAUGUCCUGGUGAAACUGUGCCACCCCACCAUGGACCUGCCUUUCUUCAAGAUCAGUGGCAAGCACGGGAGGCUGAGAGGCCGCUCCACUGCUUUCUACCUCCGCCGGGUCAAUAUCGACAUCUCUGACACCCGGGUCACCUUGGGAAAGGACCACCACGUGCUGAUCAACGGCACACGGGUCACUCUUCCCUCGACCACCCAGAUCCGGGGGGUCAGAAUCAUAGCCAGCGGCAUCUACACCGUACUCAAUGUUAACGUCGGGCUGCAGGUCAAGUUUGACGGCAAAGGCUUCUUAGAGGUCCAGCUCCCUACGGCCUAUUACCAAAAGGUCUGCGGCUUGUGUGGGAACUUCAAUGAUGAGGAAGAAGAUGAGCUCAUGAUGCCCAGUGAUGAACUAGCCCAGAAUGACACUGAAUUGGUGGCCAGUUGGCAAGAUAGGGCGAAUGACCCAAAAUGCCAACCAGAUGACCAGAAGAUCCAAACGGAGACGCGGGAGAAGCCGAAUACAAACUGCAGGAAGGCUGACCUAGCCAGAGCCCAGGAACAGUGCCAGACGGCCUUUCAGGCUCCAGCCUGGGCUAAGUGUGCCAGCCACAUGGUCCUCAGGCCCUUCCUGCUCAGCUGUACCAACAACCUCUGUCAGUUUGGAGGCCUGAACCGCACCCUCUGUGAAUCUUUGGAAAGCUUCGGGGCCGCCUGCCGGGCCCAGGGGCUCAAGCCCCCGAUCUGGAGAAACAGCAGCUUCUGCCCCCUGGAAUGUCCUGCCCACAGCAGCUACUCAACCUGCCUUCCCUCCUGCCCACCUUCCUGCUUGGACCUGACGGGCCGGUGCAGUGGCCCCAAAGUCCCCUCCACCUGCAAGGAGGGCUGCCUUUGUCAGCCCGGCUACAUGCUCAGUGGGCAACAGUGCGUGCACAGGGCUCAGUGUGGUUGCACGGACGACUACGGCAGCUCCUUCCCCGACGGUAAGACCUGGAUCUCCAUUCGCUGCACGAGGAGCUGUACCUGCACCACAGGAACCAUUCACUGCCAGCCCUUCAGGUGCCCCCCUGGCUCCCAUUGCGAGCCCCAGCCCGGGGGCACUGGCGGCUGUGAAAUUAACAAGUCCGAACAAUGCUCCAUUUAUGGGGACCCCCAUUACCGUACAUUUGAUGGCCUCACCUACGUCUUCCGGGGCCGCAUGACCUACACUCUGAUAAAGACCAUUGGUAAGCUCCCUGCUGGGGUGGUGCCUCUGGUCGUGGAGGGGCGCAACAAAGUGUAUUCGUCCUGGAGACCCAUCUACCUGCACGAGAUCAUCGUGAUCAUCUACGGCUACACAGUCCAGCUCAAGGCUCAUCUGGAGCUGGUGGUCAACAACCAGAAGAUGGGCAUCCCCUACAAGCCCAGCGACCGUCUGCAGGUUGCCCUGCGGGGCCAUCGCCUGUAUCUGAUCACUGACUUCGAGAUGGUUGUCACCUUCGAUGGAGGCAAAAACGCAGUGAUCACGCUGCCCAACCAGUAUAAGGGGCUCGUGCGCGGCCUGUGUGGGAAUUUCGACGGGAACAAGAGGAAUGACUUUAUGCUGCCCAACGGCACGGUCACCCAGAACCUCGUCGGCUUUGGCAACAGCUGGGAGGUACAGAGGAUCAAGGGAGGUGACCUCGCCCGCUUCUCAAGGGCCAUACCAGAGGAGGAGGGGAAGGAGUCAGGCUUCCCUGUGUCGGAAUGCAGCCCAGAGCAGCUGGAGCUCAUCAACAGCACCCAGGCGUGUGGGGUGCUGGUGGACCCCCAGGGCCCCUUUGCCGCCUGUCACCAGACCGUGGCCCCAGAGCCCUUCCAGGAGCACUGUGUGCUGGAUCUGUGUGCCGCCGGGAGCCCCAGAGAGCAGGAGGAGUUGCGCUGCCAGGUCCUCAGCGGGUACGCCAUCAUCUGCCAGGAGGCGGGCGCCACCCUGACCAGCUGGCGGGACCACACCCACUGCGAAGGCCCAUGUCUACGGAACCCCUGUCAGAACGAUGGGCGGUGCUGGGAGCAGGGAACCCACUUCACCUGUGAGUGCGAACCUGGUUAUGGGGGACACCUCUGCGCGGAGCCUCGGGAUGUGCCACCCCCUGGAAAGGCCGCAUCCAACUUCGUGGCCGUCCUGUUGGGGAUGCUUGUGCUUGUGGUGGUCCUAGUGCCCACAGUGACCAGAGAAUGUGUUUCCAGGAAGAGGAGGAGGAGGAGAAAAGACUGCACUGUCCGUCUUCACGGGAAUCCAGGGCUUGUGGAAGGUGAUCCUGAGGACGCUGACAUUUCUAACGACGAGAUUUAUCACUGGGUGCAGGCUAAAGAUGGGGAAUGUGGCUUUUUCCAAAGGGCCAACCGCCUGUGA